UCCAUACUCUCUCUCCCUCCUCCUGCUCCUCUCUCUCUCUCUCUCUCUCUCUCUCUCUCUGUCCUCUUCUCUCUUCUCCCUGGAGUGAAGGGAAUGUCUCAUUUCGAAACUCGGGGUCGCUUCUCUCUGCAAAUUCUUUGCCAAGAUUUUGUUGGGUUUGCUGCUGCAGCAAUCUUAGCUCCUGCUUGAAACGAAAAAACCCGCCACAUAAAAAGGGGAAAUAAAAAAAAUCCAAGCUUUUGCUCUUACAUGUGUCUGUUCUACCAGAAGAUAGUUUCAGUUAUUGGGUAUUAGUGGAAAGCAUAAGCCCGAGAACAUGGGUUGCUUUGUUUCUACACCAAAAGAUUCGGGCGGUAACAGGAGGAGACCAGGAAAUAUUGGUGAAGUGCUGGUAUACGUUCCGGGUCUACGAAUUCCUAAACUGGUGGAUUUUUCUGAGUCUCUUGGGAACCAUCUGUCACGGAAUUUAGUGGAACGGUUAUCAGCCCUUAGGACUCGGAUAGUUGUAAUGGCUGGUCAGGAAGCGCCAACGAUCACGCGAUCGAGAAGAAAAAGUGCCACACAACAUGGGGGCUCCACGUUAGCUGAUCUUCAGCAGGCUCUAGAGGAUUACUUGCCUGUUCUUCUGGGAUUGGUUAAAGACGGAAGUCAACUGCAACACAAAGUACAAUUUGUCUGGGUCAAUCAGGAAGAUGAAGCAGAGGAGACAGCCAUGUCUAACGCUUGGUAUGAGGUCUUAUCAGUUUUACACUUGAUGGCGAUGCUGUCUUUAUCACAGGCCAACUUAUUGCUCCUUCCGAGAACCUCUGCUGAUGGUUAUCAGGCAAAAGUUUCCGAAGAAAACCGGAGAGCCUCGGUUGAUAUUUUCCUUAAAGCAGCCGGAUACCUAGAUUGUGCCGUUCGACAUGUCCUUCCUCAGCUGCCCCCUGAACUAAGGAGAGAAUUACCAGUAGACCUUGCAGAAGGAGUUCUUCAGGCACUCAGCCUACAGGCAUUGGGACAGGGUGCUGAUGUCCAACUUGGGAUAGCAAUUGACAGUACCAAAGCCACUCUUGCUGUGAAGCGUAGACUUGCCUGCGAGAUGGUAAAGUACUGGCAGCAGGCUCAAGAUAACUUAAUGAACCUUCCCUUAACAAAUGGCUGGGGUGAAAAGCAUCUCCUCUUCGUAAAGUGGAAAUACACUGAAGCCAAGGCUGCAGCAUACUACUAUCAUGGUUUAAUUCUGGAUGAAGGAAACACGGAGAAGUUUCAUGGGAUGGCAGUAGCUGCUUUGCAAGCAUCGGACGAAUAUUUACGAGAAAGUAAGAAGUUAUCCGAGGCAUUUAAUGCCACUCCUCCCUUAUCAAGAAACCCUCCACUUUGGGGAACCAUGAAGUAUCUCAGUGAGAAAAUCCCAAAGGAUACCUCAAGCAAGGUGCGAAUAAACCGGGAUCUAUACACUCAUGAAAAGGUUAUGGAGACAGCCCCAACACUGCCCGAUUUCGCAUUAGCCUUGAAACCCGAUGAGUAUCAGCUUCCUGCAGUAAAUAGCUGUUGGAGCGACGACAAUAUGAGCAAGGGUCAAGCAGGCCUGCAUCAGCCCAAAGGCGGCCGAAGAUAGUGUGAUCUGAUGUGGUACCUUGCAAAAUACCCUGAUACAGGGUGUGCCGGUGGGAAGACGAAAGACACAUUACACAUACUGAUUAAGGAUGCUGCCCGCAAAUGUUGAAUCAGCAAGAAGUCGAAGCGAGGAGGCGUCGGCCUGUUUCGCCACUAUGCCUCGUUUGCCUGUUUGUUUCAAGUUGUUCUCCUGUAGGUUCAAAUUGUGUUCUGUAACAGAGCUUUGUACAAGUCAUGUAAUUUGUCAACUUGGUGGGAAAAGGGGGGGAAAAAAUGCCCGUCUUUUUAAACAUAUGUUGUUGAAUUUGCCAUCUUUGUUAAUAAAAGAAGCCCCGUGCCGUUUGCGCAUA